CGGAGUUUUGUGGUCGCCAGAGCGUUAGUUUCGUUGAUUUUUUACACCGUGCUAGAAGCGCAUCUUCGUCUCUUUUUUUUUUUCUUCUUAAUUUUUUCCCCUUGCUGUGUGUGCCUCCGUGUCGGUGCUGUGUGACACUUCUUAGCUGUGCGCGAAGACGGUGAAGAUCGCUGGGAGAUCACAUCCCCGGAUCAGUUGCCGUGUGGGUGUCUUACGUGGGGAUUGUGAUCUUGUGUUGUGAUGAUCAUAUGAUCGUGCGAUGUGAUCCUCGCGAUGUGAAAAAUCCGUAUUUCCCCACGAAAGAAAAAUUGGGUGAAAAAGGACGAAAAGGAAGGGAAAAGAACACCGUGUGGACGUCUCCUGUGGAGCACGUGUGCGGAGAUUGCACAAAAGUGAGUGUUGUAAAUUAAUUACGCAUACCUUAUGAAAAGCUCUGAAGAAAUGGGGGGAUUCUUGACGGAUUUCCGAUGGCAAAAGUCGUGCAAACACGUCAAGAAUGCCGGCGAUCGCUGAGAAAACUCCAAAAGAGUGCCGAUGGUGGUGUUCCACAAAUGGCAGAUGACCAUUUGAGAGUGAAAGUGUUUGGCAAUUGCGCGGGUUUAUGCGGAGUUUUCUCAGUGAAGAUCGCACCGUGUGUGUGAGAUGGAAGAUUAUAAUGGGUCCCGUGUCGACGGAACAAAAAAAAAGGUGUAAUGUGUAGACUUUCUUCCAUAGAGAUCUCAGCACAGUACGGUGAUCAUCGGCAUUUACCACCUCAUACAACGCCCAGCUGGCAAAAUUGCCCAUAAGUGUUGCCAUUAAAUUGAUUGAUUCGAUCCCGCGAUCACGCACGCCGAAGCGCGCGAGUUUUAAAACUCCACGGCAUCAGACAAGGAGCCCCACAAUUGUACACAUCACAGCGUAAACAAAACAAGAGAGACGCAAGUGUGAGAUAAUAGUGUGGAGAUAUUAAAAAAAAUGAAACUAACUCCUGUGACGUGAGAGUGCCAGACAAGAGUUACUUACGCGAUUAUAUACUUUUAAAAAAUCAAGAAAAAAAUCGUGAAGAACAUACAUAAAGUGAUUGAAUGCGAAAUGCGUUUUGUGCUAAUUUCAACCCUCUUCCUACUCCUCAUGCCCAUCACUGGCUCUGGAUGGGUGGAAGGGAGCAAUGUCCUUCUGGAUCCACAGCGUGAGUGCCGAAAGUCAAAGAGAGCACGUGGAAAGCUCACGGAUAUCUGCAAGAAUGGCACAUCACUGCUCAAAGAAAUCACAAAUGGGAUCUCAAUGAGUUUCGCCGAGUGCCAGUAUCAGUUUCGCAACAACAGGUGGAACUGCAACACCCAAAGGAGGAGCCUCAAACGUAUCCUUGCCCGAGAUACACGGGAGACGGCGUUCGUGAAUGCCAUCACAGCAGCAGGGAUUGCCUACACGGUGGCACGAGCAUGUGCCACGGGGAAUCUUGUUGAGUGCACGUGUCACGCUAAUAGUCAAUCCCAUCCACCGAGUAAGCUGAAGAAGUGGCGAAAGUACCUCAUGGCACCGGAUGAGUCGUGGGAAUGGGCGGGAUGUGGGGAUAACAUCAAUUUUGGGGUGAAUAAAUCCAAAAUCUUCCUUGAUGCGAGGUAUAGGCGGAAGAAAGACAUUAAAGCUCUAGUCAAGACGCACAACAACAUCGCAGGAUUACUUGCGAUAAAGAAGCAUAUGCAGCUAAAGUGCAGAUGCCACGGGAUGUCGGGUUCGUGCACAAUGCAAACCUGCUGGAUGGUUAUGCCACCCUUUCGGGAGGUGGCGGAUCGCCUUCGAGAGCGCUACGAUGGUGCUGCAAAGGUGAUCGCGCGCAAUGAUGGUACAAGCCUCAUGCCCGAAGGUAGAACCAUCAAACCCCCAACGAAGGAAGAUCUCGUCUAUGCGGAAGAAUCUCCUGAUUUUUGUCGUCCAAAUCACAGAACAGGCUCCCUUGGUACGCAGGGACGUGAAUGCAAUGCCACAAGCAUGGGGAUGGAUGGCUGCGAGCUGCUGUGCUGCAAUCGUGGCUACAGAGCUGACCUCGUGACACGCAAAGUACCGUGUCACUGUACAUUUGAAUGGUGCUGCGAGGUGAAGUGCAAGAUGUGCGAUGAGCGCAAGACACGCUUCACAUGCCUCUGAGACAUCAAUGGGAAAUUCCUCACGGUCUCGGUGAAUCAGUGUGAUGGCCACCAAUUUUUUUUCCUGCACACAAAUCCAUCAAUCCAUUUUGGACCCGACUGACCUCUUUUAAUUGCCCCACAGUGCUCAUUUCUUUAGCCCUCACGCGGGAAAAUGACUCCACAAAAUUCCACGAAUUAGUGCCUCAAUCGUGUGCAGAAAAAAAUGCUAUAUACGAAUGUUUUCCGCUUUCACGAGCAGCUCAAAUGCAAGCGAGAGACCUUCUGUGUGAAACUUGGAAUGGAUCUUGGACCGAGGAAGCGUUGUAGAUGAAGAACAAGGAUUGAUAAAUCUUUGUGCAAUGGAAGACUGAUGAAAAGAUGACAAAAAUAAUCUCUUUAAAUUUUUUUAUUAUUAUUUUAAUUACUGUGUUAAGUAUACUACCUAUUUAAUGGAUCUUAAUUACUGUGUCUAAAAGAAAACUGACAAGUCAGUGAUUUUUCAAUUUUUCCAGGAUGACAAAAAAAAAGUCAAGCUGAUCUUUUAAAUGUGACCUUACCAGGAUGUCUGUGAGUAAAUAUUUAUUGAAUUAAAUAAUUUUUCUUUUUUCAUAAAGAAAAAUUCUUAAUUGUCUCGGAAUGUCUUUAAAAAAUUUAUUUUGGAACUAAUUUCUUUUUAAUCUUUGAUUAAAAAAUUUAAAAAAGAAAUUUUUUUUAAUUAAAAAAAAAAGAUA